GGCUGGACGCGCCCCCAUGGACACCGGAGUCAUGUGACCGACACAAUGGCUGUGAGCCUAAUCAAGGCUUCCCGGCAACGCCGAAAGAAAGCGAUGGUGGCCCCGCGCGCCGCGGUGCCCUUGCUGUUGUGCGCGAUGCUGGCGCCGGGAGGCACGUAUGUGCUCGACGACUCCGGCGGGCUGGGCCGCGAGUUCGACGGCAUUGGCGCAGUCAGCGGCGGCGGGGCAACCUCCCGACUUCUAGUAAAUUAUCCAGAGCCAUAUCGUUCUCAAAUACUGGAUUAUCUCUUUAAGCCACACUUUGGUGCCUCUUUGCAGAUUCUAAAAGUUGAAAUAGGUGGUGAUGGGCAGACAACAGAUGGCACGGAGCCCUCCCACAUGCACUAUGAGCUAGACGAGGAUUAUUUCCGAGGAUACGAGUGGUGGUUAAUGAAGGAAGCUAAGAAGAGGAACCCAAAUAUUACCCUCAUGGGGUUGCCCUGGUCAUUCCCGGGCUGGCUGGGGAAAGGUUACAACUGGCCUUAUGUCAACCUGCGGCUGACUGCCUACUAUAUUAUCAGCUGGAUUAUGGGUGCCAAGCAGUAUCAUAAUCUGGACAUUGAUUAUAUUGGGAUUUGGAAUGAGAGGACAUUUGACGUCAAUUACAUCAAGCUGUUAAGAGAAAUGCUGAACUUUGAAGGUUUCCAGCGAGUGAAAAUCAUAGUGAGUGAUAAUCUCUGGGAGCCCAUUUCUGCUUCUGUGCUGCUUGACCCCGAGCUCUUGAAGGUGAUUGAUGUUAUAGGGGCUCAUUAUCCUGGGACCAAAACAGUGCUCGAUGCGAAGUUGACUGGGAAGAAGCUUUGGUCUUCUGAAGAUUUCAGCACUGUCAACAAUAACCAGGGUGCAGGCUGCUGGGGUCGCAUAUUGAAUCAGAAUUAUAUCAAUGGCUACAUGACUUCCACAAUAGCUUGGAAUUUGGUGGCUAGUUACUAUGAACAGUUGCCUUAUGGGCGAUGUGGACUGAUGACUGCUCAGGAACCAUGGAGUGGGCACUAUGUAGUAGAAUCUCCUAUCUGGGUAACAGCUCAUACCACUCAGUUUACUCAACCGGGUUGGCACUACCUGAAGACAGUUGGCCAUUUAGAGAAAGGAGGAAGCUACGUAGCUCUGACUGAUGGCUUAGGUAACCUCACCAUCAUCAUUGAAACCAUGAGCCAUAAACAUUCUAUGUGUAUUCGACCAUUCCUUCCUUAUUUCAAUGUGUCGCAACAGUUUGCUACCUUCUUCCUUAAGGGAUCUUUUAGUCAAAUACCAGAGCUACAGGUGUGGUAUACCAAACUUGGAAAAACAUCUGAGAAGUUUAUUUUUAAACAACUGGAUCCUCUAUGGCUCGCUGGUGGCAGCGGCCGCUUCACCCUGGAGCUGCGAGAGGACGAGCUCUUCACCCUCUCCACCCUCACCACAGGUCACAAGGGCAGCUACUGGCACCCUCCAGGGUCCCAGCCCUUCCCAUCUAGAUACAAGGAUGAUUUCCAUAGUGAUAACCCUUUUAGCGAAGCUCCAAAUUUUGCUGAUCAGACAGGUGUAUUUGAAUACUUUGUAAAUGCUGAAGAUCCCGGAGAGCAUCACUUCACACUACGCCAAGUUCUCAAUCAACGGCCCAUCACUUGGGCUGCCGAUGCAUCCAACACAAUCAGUAUUAUAGGAGAUUACAAAUGGAUCAAUAUGACUGUACAGUGUGAUGUGUACAUAGAGACCCCUGAGAAGGGAGGAGUAUUCAUUGCAGGAAGAGUGAAUAAAGGUGGUAUUUUCAUUAGAAGUGCCCAAGGAGUUUUCUUCUGGAUUUUUGCAAAUGGAACCUACAGACUUACAGGUGAUCUAGCUGGAUGGAUCAUAUAUAAAUUAGGACAUGUUGACGUUACAGCAAAAAAAUGGUAUACACUCACUUUAACUCUUAAGGGUCGUUUCUCCUCUGGCAUGUUGAAUGGUAAGCUUCUCUGGAAAGAUGUCUAUGUGGCUUUCCCAACGAAUGGCUGGGCUGCGAUUGGAACACACUCCUUUGACUUUGCACAGUUUGACAACUUUUAUGUGGAAGCCACAAGAUAAUACUCGCAGAGCACCAUAAAACACUCUGGAUUUUCUUUCUUUCUUUCUUCCUUUUUUUUUUUUUUUUUUUUUUGGCUUUUGAUUCAGAGCUAGUUCUUGUCUUGCUGGACCAAUAUUUGAACCUUUUGGAGGCUAAAGAUAAUGAAUAGUUAAGGGGAAGAAAAAUUUAAUUUUGCUUGGAUCUCUGCAAGAUUUUUAUUAGAACCAAUUCCAAGGGGAAAACAGGUAAAUCUUUAUCAUUACCUGAUGUGUCUCCUAAAAUUCAAACUGUACAUUGGUCCUGUCCUUAGAAGUGGCCUGGAUGGUUCAGACCUCAAAGCCUUGGUUUUAGUGCUGAGGUAGCUCUCUUCCUCUUAUUUGCAAGUGAUCAUGCCAAAGGUGAUAACUUGAUCAUCACUGUGAUAUAUUUAUUAAUGCUGACUAAGUAUCUAAGUAAACUUAAGAUAAUGCUGCUGUAUUAAGAAACUGAAGAACACUGGAUGUGUAGCUUUCUGAAAAGCACGGUUACAUGCCUUCCUUACACUGAACAGCAUUUUUUUCUUUUCCAUUGUAAGAUAAUGCUUUUGAAUUGUAGGAUAUGACAAGUGGAAUGAUUUGAAAAACUUCUCAUUAAUAAACUAGAGCUAUUUUGGCGGUAAUAAAUAUUAGCAGAUUAAUUGGG